AUGGCGGAGUCCGUCCAAACAUCGACUGCGCUACUCACCGAGCAUCUCCAGUACACACCCUUGUCAUUGAUUGACGAUAUUAUCAAUUCCGUUAACAACUUUGUAUAUCAAGGUGUUGGUAGUUUAGAGACCGGGCUACUCUCAACACCGCCAGAGAGACUAGGCUUCAAACCAGUCAAGCCAGACCCAGAAACCACAAGCCAGGAAGAAUUCCCGGAAGCGAAAAAGGAGAUUGAGGAGGGCUUACACAAACUCGAGACGCUACUGAACUCGACUGUGGACAAGAACUUUGAUAAGUUUGAGAUAUACGUGUUGCGGAAUAUCUUGUCUGUGCCCGCGGACCUGGUUAGUUGGGUGCGCCUUGGUCACUACGAAGGUAUUUCGUUUCCACCAACAGAAAAUGCGCCCUCUGCUGAAAGUGUCCAACUGCUUCGGCGCAAGCUCGCAGGCUCACGAACGGUAGCCCGUGGCCUCUUUGAAGAACAGACCAAGAAUGAGGCGUUGCUGGAACAACUGCGAGGCAUUGUUGGCAACUCCCCGGGCGCACCGAACAAUCUCUCUUUCCUCACUGCAGCUACACCUAUCGGUCAACAGACAUUGACCACGAAUACGAACUUUGCACUCUCACAAUUACCCGCGUUGAGGGCACUACUUGCCGAAUUACGACCAAAAUUGGCCGCGUUGAGGGAGGCGAAGGGAAUACUGCAAGCAAAUACAGCAAAAGAUGAAUUGAGAGGUGAACGACGAGAAUAUAUUGAACAGCGCACACGAUCGCAUCUGGAGCGAAACGGCCAGACGGUGGGAGAUGACGCGGCGAUGGUGUCCGGCAAGCGAGUCGAUCCCGACGAGAUUCUUGCCUUGGACAAGGUGGCCUCGAUCUUUGAGCCAGCAUGA